AAUUCUUUUCUUACAAAAUUGUUAAAAUAUGGAAUUAUUUACCACCUGAAAUCAAGCUUAGCCAAUUGCUAAAUGAUUUAAGUGUAAUUUAAGAAAGCGUCUUUUGAAAAAUUUUUUACAAUGAGUUAUUCCAUUAUCCUUUUAGCUAGCCUUAUUUCCUUUUUUUUAUAACCCUUUUGAUAUUUACCCUUCAUUUCAUUGACUAUUAUUGUAAACCGCAACUGAAAAACCCCCAUGGGGAAUUGCUAACAAAGUAUUGUUUUGUAUAGGUAAAUGGGAAGGUUAUUGACACACCAGUCCCUUUUUAUGUAGAAGAAACUGGGUCAGUCCAGAACAGCUUGAAAAUGAUUGUCCUUUCAACUUUUAAACCCAUAACGAUUCAUUUUUAUUUCUUUUUUUCAUUAUCAUACUUUGUCUUACAAUUGAAAAUUUGUUUUGUCACUUCAACCCCCACUUUAUAAUUUUUUUAACUCAGAGGCUCUUCCUGGCAGGAAUGCCUACCUUUGCACCUUUUCCAAUAAAUGAAACCUUUUUUAAAGUCAGUAGUGGUAAAAUUUAGGUAGUUGUGUUCUUUUCUUACUUAUGUGUGUAUUUUAUACCUGUAGACACUGAGUAAGAAAUACAUACGAUGUUCAGCUCGCAUGAUGGUGGUUCAACUUCAGAAGCUCUUACGAAUGAAGCUCAACAUUCCCAAUGAAAAAGAGGUGGGCAAAAUUUUUAUUGUGAACUAACAGAACUUCAUCAUCACACAAUUCUGUUUAAGCCCUGACCAGAGUCUUGGGUAGGUCACUUCACCCUGCAGGGCCUCUUUCCACCCAGGUUUAUAAAUGGGUAGUAAAACAUUGUUAGCAAAAUCUGAAAAAGAGCUGUGAGGUAACCUUUGAUUGACUAUAAUUUUAUCCAUGAUGAGUAACAAUAACCCUUGCUUCUUUAUGCAACAGAAACCUGGAUAAGCUCUGGCAGUCAAGCAAGACUUGGCAGCAGCUGUUAUCAGCUUUACAAUUUAGUGUUGUAUUUUUUAACUCAGAGAUGAUAUGUUUUCAUGCUGCAGGUGGAAAUUGUGUGUAAUGAACAUGUGAUUCAUCCAUUCAGAACCAUGAAGUUCAUUUGGAUAAGUGAGUGGUUAGGCAAGGUGACUAUGUAUUUUUGUAUUUUUUUGUCUCUCUAUGUGGGUAAUGGUCAAGAUUAUACUCACCUUUUUUUGCAAACAUCCAACAUUCAUCAAAUUGAUUCAUGUUUUCUGGUCACCACAUUCCCAAAAAAUAGGAUAACUCCAUUUUCUACACAUAAACACACACACAACCCGCAAUUUCUCCAAUCACUCUGAUGAAGGGCUAACCCUCAAAAAGUCAGCUUUGAAACUCUUUAGGGUGGCCAAUUUACAUUAUCAACUCAGUUGAUAAAACCAAAUUAUCUUGUUCUACUUCCCCAUGGACACAGCACCACACUUUCUUUAGAAGCUUACCCCCUCUACCUAAUAUUGUGGUUUGCCACUAAUGUGUGCUAUUAAAAGGACUUUACAAGAUGUCAUACUUAUUACAAGCAAAACCAACUGGCCUGCCUCCUACAAGUUAGGAUUUUAACUGCUUUGUGUUUGUUAGGAAAUUUUUUUUUACAUUGUUUAAUUACACUCACUCAGAAUAUACCUUGUGGGGGAGCUGUAAAGUUAGAUGAUUUAUUUAUUUGUUAUAAUUAAAAGAUUAUUCAUGAAUUUAUUUAUUUAUUUAUUAUAAUUCAAAUAUGAGUAGGUUAGUUUUGUUUGGAUACUAGCAAGAUAUUUAGUUUCAGUUACCUGAACCCUUUAAUUUCUAAAAGAGAUUAACAUGUAAUUUCUCCUUAUAAUAUUCAUACAUUAUUCAGCAAAAAGCUUUUGAGAAUACUCUAACGUAACAGGGAGAAGUCAUCUCGAUCUAAAACCAAAUUCACGUUGCAAAUUUACAAAGAAAUAUGUAGCAGUUAGAGAUCUUGUGAGUUAAAGGAUUAAACCAUAGGAAAGAAUGUUGAUAAUAUGAACACUGAUUUAGGAAUCAGAUCCUCUUUCGGCCUUUGAAUUUCGACCUACUUAACAUGUCGUGCCACUGACUACCAAAGGCUAUCUUUUUUAAAUCAAUAUAUCUCGCAGAAGCUGUCCUUCUUUUUCUAUUAUUGAAUAUUGAAUCCACUUUUUGUCUUUUUCCCCAGGCACCACCUAUGUUAUUACAUUACCGUGUUCAUGAUAUCUCCUAA